AUGCCAUGGCUAGUCCAGGGAAAGAUAACUAUAGAAUGAAAAGUUAUAAGAAUAAAGCCCUAAAUCCCCAAGAGAUGCGUAGACGAAGAGAAGAAGAAGGAAUACAGCUUCGAAAACAAAAAAGGGAAGAACAGUUAUUCAAACGCCGAAAUGUCUCUUUGCCCAGAAAUGAUGAAUCUAUGUUAGAAAAUCCUAUCCAGGAUCCGGAUAUCAGUUCCACCGUACCCAUUCCAGAGGAAGAAGUUAUUACCACAGAUAUGGUUCAGAUGAUUUUUUCUAAUAAUGCUGAUCAACAACUAACAGCAACACAGAAAUUUAGAAAGCUGCUUUCUAAAGAACCUAAUCCACCAAUUGAUCAAGUUAUACAGAAACCAGGAGUUGUGCAGAGAUUUGUGAAAUUUCUUGAAAGAAAUGAAAAUUGUACAUUACAAUUUGAAGCUGCAUGGGCAUUAACUAAUAUAGCAUCUGGAACUUUUCUACAUACCAAAGUAGUGAUUGAAACUGGGGCUGUUCCAAUUUUUAUCAAACUUCUUAAUUCAGAGCAUGAAGAUGUUCAAGAACAGGCUGUUUGGGCACUUGGUAAUAUUGCUGGUGACAAUGCAGAAUGCAGAGAUUUUGUUUUGAAUUGUGAAAUACUUCCACCUCUUUUAGAGUUAUUAACAAAUUCAAACAGACUUACAACAACCAGAAAUGCAGUAUGGGCCCUCUCAAAUUUAUGUCGAGGCAAAAAUCCUCCUCCCAACUUUAGUAAGGUUUCACCUUGCUUAAAUGUCCUGUCACGAUUGUUGUUUAGCAGUGACCCAGAUGUAUUAGCAGAUGUGUGUUGGGCCCUUUCUUAUCUCUCCGAUGGAUCCAAUGAUAAAAUUCAAGCUGUCAUUGAUUCUGGAGUCUGUCGAAGAUUGGUGGAACUUUUGAUGCACAAUGAUUAUAAAGUUGUAUCACCUGCAUUAAGAGCAGUUGGUAAUAUUGUGACUGGUGAUGAUAUACAAACACAGGUAAUUUUGAAUUGCUCUGCAUUACCCUGUCUCUUACAUUUAUUGAGUAGCUCAAAGGAGUCAAUCAGAAAAGAAGCCUGCUGGACUGUUUCAAACAUCACUGCUGGAAAUAGAGCUCAGAUUCAGGGUGUUGCAGAUGCAAAUAUUUUUCCUGUAUUAAUUGAGAUUCUUCAGAAAGCAGAGUUUCGCACCAGGAAAGAAGCAGCUUGGGCGAUAACUAAUGCGACAUCAGGAGGCACUCCAGAACAGAUAAGGUAUUUGGUAGCCUUAGGCUGCAUUAAACCACUUUGUGACCUAUUGACUGUUAUGGACUCUAAAAUAGUCCAAGUGGCUUUAAAUGGACUUGAAAAUAUUUUACGUCUUGGAGAACAAGAAUGUAAGCAGAAUGGAAUAGGGAUUAAUCCAUACUGUGCCCUCAUUGAAGAAGCAUAUGGCCUGGAUAAAAUCGAAUUUCUUCAAAGUCAUGAAAAUCAGGAAAUUUACCAAAAGGCUUUUGAUCUGAUUGAACAUUACUUUGGUGUAGAAGAUGACGACUCCAGUAUUGUACCUCACGUGGAUGAAAACCAACAACAAUUUGUAUUUCAGCAUCAGGAAGCACCAAUGGAAGGGUUUCAACUUUAACUUGGUAGGAGGAAAAAUUAAUGUCUAAAAAGGGUAGCUUCAGAUAUCUCCUUUUUCUUGUAAUG